AUGGCGCCUACCGCUACCUCCCUCGAUCCAAAAUGCCACCUCUACACAACGUACCGCUUGUCCACACAUCGCUUGGCGCGCUUGGCACCUCCGCUCGUGGAUCCACUCGAGUGCAUGGCUCUGACGAGUGCGGUCGCCAACGCUGCCGCUGCGGCUGCCGCGGCCGGCGCAGGCAAGAAGGCCGCCCAGGUCCAGUUACAGGCCGAGCUCAACACUGACGAAGAGUGGAACAAGUUUCUGACUAGAGAUGGACUAUUGGUGGUGGACGUCUACUCGGAGUGGUGCGGCCCGUGCAUCGGCAUGGUGGGAAACCUGAAGAAAAUCAAAGUGGAACUUGGAGGCGACAACCUACAUUUAGCUGUGGCUAAAUCUGACACAAUAGAAUGUCUGAAGAGGUUCAGGAAACGCAGCGAGCCCACCUGGAUGUUCAUAGCGUCUGGACAACUCCUGAACGUAGUCUUUGGAGCGGACGCGCCUCGUAUCGCUCGGACCAUAGAAGAAGAGCUACGGAAUGAGGAACUGGCGAAAAAAGGAGAACUAGAACGACCGAAGAGAGCUCCGCAUGAACUCACUACUCCAGAACAGGAAGUAGCGAAUGCCCAACAGAAAAUAGAAGAGGAGAAGAAAGCCAAGGAAGCAGCAGCGGUGGAAGCGGCGAGGUUCGCGAGACGGGAGGCUCGCGCCAAGCGCCUGGAGAUGUACUUCAACGACGUGUGCCCAGCUCUCAUGCUGCCACACGCACAAAAACACUUGAGGAAGAUCACAGACACUAUUGAACCUUUUGGUGUACUUUUGGCGGACAAGUGCCCGAUAGUAGUGGGCAAGGAAGGCGCCAAGAUCUUGGCAGUAGAGGAGCCAGAGCUUGGAGAGCCCAAUGCAGCAGCUGCGAUUAUUGAGAGGCCCUCUCUCGCUUUACUGUUCAAGAAGAUGCCUGAUAAAGAGGGAGAUAUUAUUGAGUUGACUCGCCGGGCGCUUUGUGGGGAUGGUCUGGCAGAAGAUGAUGACGCCAGAAAGAAGCUGCCAGUGACGGAGUUGCGCGCAGAUAACACCAUCGGCCUGUACGUGCCCAAAGACAGGCACGAGAGAGCAGCUGUUCUAGAUGUUUUAUUCCCGAAGAUGGUAGGUGCAGUAGUGGAGCCGGCGGGCCCGGCGGAGCCCCCGCACGUGGCGCUGAUGUUCGGCGCGUGGCAGCGCCGCGCCGUGCUCUCGCUGUGCGGGCCGCCCGACGUAGCGCGCCGCCUGCUGCGGUACGGGUUCUACGCUGACGCCAACCUGGACGAGCCGCGCCUACUCGCCAAGGACAUCGACACUUACGAACUCAGGCCGGAGAAGGACUACUGCGAGACUAUCGUCCUUAUGAUCGCAGUGGGACUAGCAGAACCUGAAUUAGCGGAACCUGAAGAUCUGUUCCCUGAAGGUCCACCUGAGGAGCUCUUGGCUUUAGGACCUUUACACGUCAGCGCUGACGCCGUCGUGGGGCAGGAGGAGUGUGCCAGGUUCUUCCCGCCAGGGUACAGCGAGCCAGAGCGGAAACCCAAGUCCAAGAGCAAGAAAAAGAAGAAGAAGCGUCACACGAGCAAAGAAGAGAACGCAGAAGAAUCCCAGGACCGCACUCAGAGCACGGAAAACCCGGAGGCCGAAGCGAACGGUGACACCGAGAAUGGUGACGAGACCGAAGAGAAUGGGGAUGGAGAGGAAAAUGGGGAUGAAGGGGAUGAUGAGGACAAUGAGGAUCAGCACGCGGACAAGGCCACGUCCCCGCCACCACCUACACCACAUUAAACUAUGCACUUUUAGAGUUAAGAGGUUUUUUGGAGCAGUAUUUAAUAAGCUGAUGCAGUCAUUUGAGUCAUGAAUUAAUAUUUAUUACUU